GAACUUUUUUUUUUUUUUUUUUUUUUUUUUUUUUUUAAAGAAGACAACAAACAGCAGACCGGUCGCCGGAACAUGCAGGCGGAGAAAGAAGACGAGGAUGAAGCAUCUCCUGAAGAGUACGUUGCCCUGUCAGACUUCACUGGAGGAGGCAGCGACCAGCGCAGUUUCAGCUCGGGAGACAGGCUGCUCGUCCACUCCAAGCCUUCAGCGGAGUGGUGGUGGGCAACUCUGCAGGGGGUCCCGGGUUACGUCCCUGCCAGCUACCUGCGCCUGGUUACUGCCGAGGAAGAGGAGGAAGAGGACAUCUCCUUGGAGGACCCAUGGCAGGAUGAGGAGUACUUCGGCAGCUAUGGAACACUGAGGCUUCACUUGGAGAUGUUGUCAGACAAGAGUCGCACUGAGACGUACCGGCAGGUUAUUCUCAGCAACAGUGCUUCUCUGAGGAAUAAGGCGGUGAUGGACCUCGGCUGUGGGACCGGCAUCAUCAGUUUAUUCUGCGCUCAGCUGGCUCAACCCUCUGUGGUUUAUGCUGUAGAGGCGAGCUCCAUGGCCGACUACACGAGACAGCUGGUGAAGCAGAACGGAUGUGAGGAGGUGGUCACGGUGCUCCAGGGGCGAGCUGAGGAGAUCGAGCUGCCAGAGCAGGUGGACGUCCUGGUGUCUGAGUGGAUGGGUAACUGCCUCCUGUUUGAGUUCAUGGUGGAGUCAGUUCUGCAGGCCAGGGACCGCUGCCUCCGAGACGGCGGCAUCAUGUGGCCUUCCUCCGCAGCCCUCACCCUGGUGCCAUGUCAAGCCGACAGCUAUUAUACCGAGAAGAUGGCCUUCUGGGAACGGCCCUAUGGCCUAGACUUCACCCCUCUUCAGCCUUUGGCACAGCAGGAGUUCUUCACAAAGCCCAAGUUCAGCCACCUCAUUGAGCCCGACGACUGCCUCACUGCCCCCUGCGACGUCAUCUGCCUGGACAUGUACACUCUGCAAGUGAGAGACCUGGAGGAAAUGAAGGGUCAGUUUCAUUUUUGCGUGGAGAAGUCUGGUGUUUUCCAUGGAUUCACUGCCUGGUUCACUGUUCAUUUUGAGAGCCUGGAGGAAGGAGGUGCAGCAGUGGAGCUGAACACCGGACCUAACUCUGAGCCAACACACUGGAAGCAGACUCUUUUCAUGCUGGACAGGCCGGUCAGUGUAUAUGCAGGAGACUCCAUCAGUGGAAGCAUUGUCCUGCACAGAAACCCCGUUUGGAGACGCCACAUGACCGUGACCCUGCAGUGGAACAUCAACAGCAGCACAGAGAAUACAGAUAACUGCCAGGUUGGAACAAAGAGUUUCCCCAUGUGGAGGUGACAUACUCUCACCCAUCAACAGCGGGGAUCCACAGAAAACCUGCCUAAUACAUCGUCUGUUCAGCUGUGAGCUGCUGCUGGCCUGGAAUUAAUGUUGCCACCAAUGC